AUGACCAUGCCGGCGGCAAUGUUGAAAUGGUACGCUGCUCUUGUCGAGCUCAAAUCCUACUCUGUCCCCAUCAUAGGCGGCAAGGACUGCGCCAAAGUGUCGAAGACCCCCAGCCACGGCGACACGUUCACCAUUGGCGACAGCAUUAAGGUGAAGGCACUACACACCCCUUGCCAUACCCAGGACAGCAUCUGCUACUUCUUCGAGGACGGCAAUGACCGGGCAGUCUUCACUGGCGACACGCUGUUCAUUGGCGGUAUGCUAUCCGCUGUAUCACCAUUGCACCGCCGCCUAACUGACACGGUGGCAGGCUGCGGACGCUUCUUCGAGGGCACACCUCAAGAGAUGGACAAGGCUUUGAAUGAGACGCUGGCUGCGCUGCCUGAUGACACCAAAGUCUUCCCGGGCCACGAGUACACCAAGGGCAACGUCAAGUUCGGCAUCAAGGUCCUACAAUCCGAGCCGGUCAAGAAUCUCGAGUCGUUUGCAAACUCAAACAAGCAGACGCAAGGGAAGUUCACUAUUGGCGAUGAGAAGAAACACAACGUCUUCAUGCGUCUCGACGACCCGACUGUGCAGAAGUUCACUGGCAAGACUGGGCGAGUUGACGUGAUGGGUGCGUUGAGGGAGGCGAAGAACUCGAUGUAG